AUGUUGCAGAGUAUUUCAAUCUCAGAUUACAAACAAUCACCUCAAUCAAUAUUCAAUUCUCUAUAAUCAUAAGGUGUUAUCAGAUCAGUCAAUCUAAAUUCAGGAAUCAAAUCAUCUGCCAUCAAAUCAAGUGGAUCAAAAAGAUUACACUCAGAAUGCAAUUCUGAAUUAUAAUGUAUUUUAUUCAUAUUUAAAUUAAGUGUCUGUAAGUAGUGAGAAUUCCAAAUAACGUUCUUGUUCAAUGCAAUCAAAUAGACCUACUAUUACAAGAUAAUUAUCACACAAUUAAUCUAUAAUUGACACUGUUAAUAAAAAGAUUGUUUCAGAAACUAAAGAGAAUAAAUUUGUUUCUAUUAAUCAACAUGAAUAGGUAUCUGAUUUUAAUUAAAAAAACUAAAAAGAACAACAUACUUUAAUUAAUUUAUAAAAUAAGGUUACUAUUUUGAUAGAUGAGAAUUAAAAACUUAUAAUAAUUAAUGAAUAAUUAAUGUAAGAGUUGGAGAAAGCUAAGAUUGCUUAUGAAACCAAUAAUUAGACUGUAUUAUUAUAAUCAUUAUAAAGAGAAACAUAAUCACUCUAAUAAACUGUAUUGUAAUACAAAAAAAUUAAUAAUUAAUAAUCUUAACAAAUAUUAGAAUUGUAAUAAAUAUUAAAUGAAAGAGAAGAAUUAAAUAUUGAAUAGAAAUCAAUAACUAAUUAAUAAUUGAUUGAAUCAUAAUAAGCAAAUAAAAUAUUUAAAGAAUAAUUUCUAUAAUUAUCAUAAAAAUAUUUAUUAAAAUGUUUUGAAUUAGAGAGAUUACAAAUUGUUGAAAAAGGAUGGUCAGAUAAAAUUAAUAUGGUAUUAAAGGAGAAUGAAAAUUUAAAUUAAAUGUUAUAAUAACGAUUAAAUGAAUAAAUAUAAUUACAAUAAUAAUACAAAUAAUAAAAUGAAAUCAUUAUUAAAUUAGAAUAAGAAAUAGCUAUACUUUAAUAAUAAUAUAAUGAAUAGAAUUAUAUCAUAACUAAAAAGAAUUAAGAUCAAUUUCAAAUAAUAUAAGAUUUAAAUAAAUAAUAAGAAUUAAGAAAUGAAGAAAAUAAGAAAUUAAAUGAAUUAUUAUAAUAAUAAGAAUAUAAAUGGAGAUAAUCUUGUAUCGAAUUUGAAAAAGAGAUGAAAUAAUCUUAUUCAAAUAAAUUGAAUAUAGAGAUUAAACAUUAAGUCUAAAUAAUUCGUGAUGAUUAUUAAAAAUCUUUAAUGAAUUAUGCUUAAACUAUUGCAGUAUUAUAAGGACAAAUGUAAAUAUUAUAAAAAUAGAAUGAAUAACUUCAUAAAGCAAAUUCUCAAAAUUCCAAUUUGAAGGAAUGGAAACAUGAAAAAUAAUUGUAUUUUGAAAUAAUUUAAGAAUUGUAAUAAAAAGUAACAGAAUUAACAGGUUAAUUGGCUACUAUAUUGAAUUACAAUUCAAAUUAUGUUAGUGAUUAUAAUAGUUUAGGAAUAUAAGAUUAAUUAAAGAAAUUAGAUGAUUGUUAAAAGUAAAAUUAGAAAAUGUAUAAGAAAUGCUAAUAAAUAUUUAAUUAAAAAUUUUAUAUUUGA